AGGAAGAGUGAGUGCUGCGCAGCAAGAUGGAAGGGGCGUUGGAACAUCACUUAGAGGAUACAAUGAAGAAUCCCUCUAUAGCGGGAGUCCUGUGUACCGAUUCCCAAGGGCUAAACUUGGGCUGUCGUGGCACUCUCUCAGAUGAACAUGCAGGAGUGAUAUCUGUUCUAGCCCAGCAAGCAGCCAAACUAACAGCUGAUCCAACAGAUAUUCCUGUAGUGUGCCUUGAGUCAGAUACUGGUAACAUCAUGAUCCAGAAGCAUGAUGACAUCACGGUGGCAGUACACAAAAUGGCAUCCUAAGUUUGUGCAUCCACACCAUGGAACCCCUCCUCAGCUCAUUGUUGUGGCACAUUUUUUGCAGAUGAAUACAGACUGAAUAUCCCAGUUACUAGGCAGCAAGGAGUUGGACUGGACUGUAAGCAUUCUCUAGGCCUAAACUGGCAGAGAAUCUGGUUGCUCUGAACUUCAACCAUUUCAUACUACCAAGUUUGGAAAAAAAAUUCUGUUGUGUAGCUGGAGAGACAGCACUUAGCAGGUGGCACUAGGAGAAAUCAAUAAACAGAACAAAAUGCA